AACAACAGCACUGAACUUCCGCCCUCUGCAGCUUCGAUCUACUGUGAUCUUUCCUUGGGUCCAAAAUACUUUCUCUAAAAGCAUUCCAGGUGAGGAGAUGACAGAGGAGAAGGAGGAGCAACCAGAUGAUCAGCAGGAGGCGGAGAAAGAAACGGAAGGAGUCAGACUUCACAUGGUGACGUGGAACGUGGCGACUGCUGAUCCUCCUGCUGACGUGGCCUCGCUCCUCCACCUGAACUCGCCAAAGACCGCAGACCUCUAUGUCAUCGGCCUGCAGGAAGUUUACUCCGGACCGCUGAGGUUUGUGUCAGACAUGAUCUUCGACGAUCCGUGGAGUCAGCUGUUCAUUUCUACGCUGGCGCCGCGGGGUUAUGUGAAGGGGAACAAAGGCGGGGUGUCCGUCCGUCUGUCCUUCUAUGGACACAUGCUCUGCUUCCUUAACUGCCACCUGGCUGCUCAUAUGAACUACGCCAGUGAACGGGUGGAGGAGUUUGAAUACAUCAUGGAGACGCAGACGUUUGAUUGCAAAAAAGCUCCCAGAAUCGUCGACCACAGGCUGGUGUUCUGGUUCGGAGAUCUGAACUUCAGGAUCCAGGACCACGGCAUGCACUUUAUCCGCUCCUGCAUCAACAACCAGACCUACGACCUGCUGUGGAGUCGCGACCAGUUGACGAUGCUGAAGAAGAAGGAGCCGCUGCUGCAGGACUUUGAAGAAGGACCUCUGGACUUUCAGCCGUCCUAUAAAUUUGAUUUGAAUUCAGACACUUAUGACAGCAGGCUCUACGCAUCAUGGUUUGGCUUUAACGCGAAGAAGCGAAAACCGGCGUGGACCGACCGCAUCCUGUGGCGGGUCCGACCCAAAUCCCCGCCCCCCGAGGAGCAAAACGUCCUGAAGGAGAGGAAGCAUAAUGAGGAAGAGGAGCACCCCCUGCAGGUCAGGCUGAACCUCUACACCAGUAAGAUGGAGUACAGCGUCAGCGACCACAAACCUGUCAUCGGCGUCUUCACCCUGGAGCUGAGCAGGGAGCAGCAGACUCCUCUGGUGAGUCUCCGCCCAGAGGGCGACUGGAGCGCAGACAUUGACUGCCUGGCUCUCUACUGCCCCCUGCAGCCCUUCCCGUCCAGCAGCUGGGACUGGAUCGGACUCUAUAAGGUUGGGUUCGGCGGCGUGUCGGACUACAUCACCUACGCCUGGGUGAAAGACAACGAGGCGGCGUUUAACGGGGAGCUGAUGCAGGUGUUUGUGAGUAAAGAGGAGAUCCCUGUUCGGGGGGGAGACUGUGUCCUGUGUUACUAUAGCAACAACCUGCGCAGCAUCAUCGGAGUGAGUGAGCCGUUCAAGGUCCAGGAGUCGAAGGUCGCGGUGGCGGAAGGCCUGUUUCCUGAGAGGAUCAGCAGGCUGGACGAGAUGACCAGAAACCAGGAGUUCUGACUGAAACGGCUCACAGAUGUGGAGUCAUGGCGCUCAGAGGGCACAUCAGGAAUCCCACCGCCACGCCGCUUGCUUCCUUUCUCUGCUCUGGUUGCUCUCCUGGAAGGAUGACGGACAGCUGAACCUUCUGAUAUGUUUUAAUAUGAAUGUGGGUUUGUAGCUGUUAGCCGUUAGCUAACGGCCCAGAGAUGAGGAUGAGGAUCCAAGCAGGGAUGAAGGACGUCGCUGUUUUAGAUCCACAGCUGCCCUCCAGGUGACCAAAUCAGAAGGGAAGCCAUCUUUCCUUCCUCCAUGCUUCAUCAGAAAUAUCAGCGUCCAUCUUUUCCUCUGAGCAUCGACAUGUUUCACAGAAUCUUUCCUGGUUUGGGAUCCGAUCGUUUCUCCUGUGUGUCCCGGAUGUUGUCCGUUCUCCAGGUCUGUGGUUUUAAUGAGAUUCUUGCUGCUCUGAUUGUUUAUUUUUAGUUUUUUUUUUUUUAGAACUGAUCUGCUGCAUAAAGAUGGCCGACCGUCUGAAUUCUAAAGCUCUUCAGUCGUCGUCUCGCCGUUUGAAGCAGAAAUCGUUUCCUUUUCAUGCAGGUUGUUGCAUCACUGUAAACUUUAACAUGAUUUGCACUGUUUUAAAUGUUGUGAUAUAAAUAUUUAAAAGCUGUCGUUAUUUUGAAGGACUUCCUCUUUAAUGAAUUUAUCAGUUCAUUAAGUGCCUUUUAGAUGAUUGUCUGAACUGAUGCUGCUUUCUGGAACUUUAUCGCCCGGCGGCGGCGUUUUUUCCUCCACUUCUGAUCUGAAUCUUUCUGCUCGCUGGAUUUUCUCCUUUUAGAAACUUUGUUUUAUUUCACCUGUUUUUAAAUGUUCUGUAACCAAACUAAAUGACAACAUUAUGACUUUUAAAAGAUAAAUAUUAAACAGUUCCAA